UUCUCCCCAUCCUCCGGCUGCGGGCUGCAGACAUUCUCCUCCCGGGGAAGGCGGCCCUGCACCUCCCGCGCCCUGUGCAUCGCUACCUUGACUCCAGGCCAGAAACUGGAUGGAGCUUGACCAGCAGAAGAGAGAACCAACUUGCUUCCCUUCCUAGCCAGAACUGGAAAUGUCUGCAGAUGGCAAAAGCCUGAGGGCUUCUGAGACUAAGGAGAAAGGGGAAGAGGUCCCAGGUCACCAGCAUCCUUGUCAAGAAAUGCUCAGCAGACACGGGGAGCCAGUGCCCCCGGGAGCCAUUCGGGCGUCAGCACAGAUUAAGUCAGAGCCAGAAGAGCCUCACCCUGAGGCGACUUCGCAGGACACCAGAAGGCCAGGUGCUGGGGAGUGGGGACCACUGAGUCCUGGCUCUGAAGAAAAAGCUCUCUUCCUGCCUGGUGCAGCCCUCUCCUCCCCCCUGACCACCAUGCUUUCCGGAGAAGGGAGGACCAGAGGCAGGCCAGGCAGGACCAGAGACAGGCAGAUGGCUGCAGCACUCCUCACAGCUUGGUCGCAGAUGCCAGUAACCUUUGAGGAUGUGGCUCUGUACCUGUCCCGGGAGGAGUGGGGAAGGCUGGACCACGCACAGCAGAGCGUCUACAAGGACAUGCUGCAGAAGAGAAACGGGCUAGCCUUGGCGUUUCCGUUAGGCAGGCCUUUCUGGGCCCCCCAGGUGCCGGGCAAAGGAGAGGCUUCCUGCUCGGGCGGGCCACCGGGAGCUGGGAAGGAGAGGAGAGGCCCUGCUUCAGGUGAGCUCCUCUGGCUGAGGUGGUCCGUCUGCGCUCCCUGCUGGGUGGCCUUUGCCUCUUUGGGUCCCCCGGGGUCCCCGCUGCCCUCCCCUGGGCCUUCGGAUCUGCCCCCCACCCCCUGCGGCCGGUCGGAAACCGUGUGUGGCCGGACCAACCCUGUCUCUUGGCCAGGAGCUGCGGAGGCGGCGCGGGCCGGGGCGCACGGGGCCUCCGAGGCCGACCCUCCGUGCGGGCCGCCGACCCCCGCCAGCGGCGAGAUCCCGGGGCCGGCCCGGGACCCCCGGCCGGCCGGCGACGGCUGGGAGCAGCAGGGCGCCCCGGGGGGCGAGGCCGCCAAGAAGUCGUUCCGGUGCGAGCAGUGCGGCAAGGCCUUCAGCUGGCACUCGCACCUGGCCACGCACCGGCGCACGCACACGGGCGAGAAGCCGUACGCCUGCGCCGACUGCGGCAAGCGCUUCGGCCGCAGCUCGCACCUCAUCCAGCACCAGAUCAUCCACACGGGCGAGAAGCCGUACACCUGCCCCGCGUGCCGCAAGAGCUUCAGCCACCACUCCACGCUCAUCCAGCACCAGCGCAUCCACACCGGCGAGAAGCCGCACGCGUGCGACCGCUGCGCCAAGCGCUUCACGCGCCGCUCGGACCUGGUCACGCACCAGGGCACGCACACGGGCGCCAAGCCGCACAAGUGCCCGGCGUGCGGCAAGUGCUUCACGCAGAGCUCGGCCCUGGUCACGCACCAGCGCACGCACACGGGCGUGAAGCCCUACCCGUGCCCCGAGUGCGGCAAGCGCUUCAGCCAGCGCUCCAACCUCAUGGCGCACAGCCGCACGCACACGGGCGAGAAGCCCUACCCGUGCCCCGACUGCGGCAAGCGCUUCAGCCACAGCUCGCACCUCACCGCGCACCAGCGCACGCACCGCGGCGUGCGGCCCUACCCCUGCCCGCUGUGCGGCAAGCGCUUCAGCCGCCGCUCCAACCUGCAGCGCCACCAGAAGAUCCACGCCGCGGGGCCCCGCGCGCUGGCCGUGCUCAUGCUGGCCGCGCCCCCGCCCGCCCCCACCUAGCGGGGGAGGCACGGGUGUGCCCGCACCGACGGACGGAUGGACAGACAGGAGGACCUAGACGAGCCGAGGGAUGAGGGAAGGGAGCCGGGAGGUGCGGGUCUGGGGUGGGGGAGACAGAGGACCGGAAGGGAAGGCUCGGGGUGAA